GGAGGAUUGAAGCGGGCGAGCAAACAGAAAUGUCUUUAUGGGGUAACAGCAAAGUCUGGAUGAUUCUAUUGAUCCUCCUCAUAUACUUUUCAUCCUGGGCCACCGCCCAGCUUCCCUACCGAUGUACCAGCAAUGGGAAUUACACAAGCAACAGCACAUACAGCGCCAAUCUCAACGCCUUACUCCGCUCUCUUUCCGUCAACAUGAGCGACUACGGCUUCCGCAACGCGUCGGUGGGGCAGAGUCCUAACACAGUCAACGGUCUCGCCCUGUGCAGAGCCGACCGAACCCUCCAGCUGUGUCGCGAUUGUGUGGACUCCGCCACGCGCGAGGUGCUUCAGUCGUGCCCCAACCAGAGAGAAGCUGCUGUAUGGCACGAAUUCUGCACCUUGCGCUACUCUAACGACGCCAUAUACAGAACGCAGAUAGAUAUUCCCACGAUUCUGCUAGCAAAUGAACGAAAUGUUACAAAUGGAGCUAGGUUCCGGGAGGAGAGGGCGACGUUGGUGUCCGAGCUCAUGAACCAGGCAGCUAACGGCGGCUCCCAGCUCAAGGUUGGUGUAGGGAGUAGGAGUGUCUCAGAUCCCGAGUAUUCGGCAAUUUAUGCGCUGGUGCAGUGUACUCCUGAUUUCUCAUCACAAGAUUGCUGGAGUUGCUUGAGCGAGGCUUCCCGAGGUUACCAAACUUAUACUUUUCAGGGCUUCAGAGUGCUACUCCCUGACUGCAAUAUUCGCUAUGAACUUUCUUCAUUCUACAAUGAAACUCGCCUCAGGGAAUUAAGGCUACCAAUUGUUGGUUCACCACCUCCGCCCACCUCGCCGCCAGGAGCCAAUGGCAAUAAUACAAGACCAGGAAAGAAAGAUGAUAACACUACAAUACUUAUCAUCGGCAUUGCUGUCCCAAUUGGAGUGGCUCUAAUACUUAUUGCUUGUGCCAUCAUCUUCAUUAGAAGAAGAAUGAAGCGGAGUAAUGCAUAUGAAGUCGCCGAGACUGCCGAUAUUAGUAAUAUUGAAUCCCUGCAAUAUGAUUUUAGCAGCAUUAGAGCUGCAACUAAUGAUUUUGAUGAUGCUAACAAGCUGGGGCAAGGUGGAUUUGGGGCUGUUUAUAAGGGGAAACUUCAAACCGGCGAAGAAGUUGCAGUUAAGAGGUUGUCCAAGGAUUCCGGGCAAGGAAACAUGGAAUUCAAGAAUGAGGUUUUGUUGGUUGCCAAACUUCAACAUAGGAAUCUGGUCAGGCUCUUAGGUUUCUCCAUGGAAGGAACUGAGAGGGUACUAGUAUAUGAAUUCGUUCAGAAUGCAAGCCUUGACCAGUUCAUAUUUGAUCCAGUCAAACGUUCGCAGUUGGAUUGGGAUAGACGCUACAAGAUCAUAGGGGGUAUUGCAAAGGGAAUUCUGUAUUUGCACGAAGACUCUCGACUCAUGAUCAUUCAUCGUGAUCUGAAAGCCAGUAAUGUACUGUUAGAUGGAGAUAUGAAUCCCAAAAUUGCAGAUUUUGGCAUGGCAAGAUUAUUUAAACAAGAUGAAACGCAAGGAAAUACAAGCAAGAUCGUUGGAACUUAUGGAUAUAUGUCACCUGAAUACGCAAUGCACGGGCAGUACUCCGUUAAGUCAGAUGUGUUUAGUUUCGGGGUGUUGGUUCUGGAAAUCGUGAGUGGUCAGAGAAAUGUUUGUAUCCAAAAUGGGGAGAAUGCAGAGGACCUCUUGACUCUUACAUGGAAGAACUGGAGAGAAGGGACAGCUGCAAAUAUGAUAGAUCCCGUGCUGACGAAUGGUGCGGGUUUUGUACGUGACAUGUUGAGAUGUAUGCACAUGGGACUGUUGUGUGUUCAAGAAAAUGCUGCAAACAGACCAUCAAUGGCUUCGGUCGCUCUAAUGCUCAGUAGCUCAACAAUAACUCUGCCUGUACCUGCUGAACCUUCAUUUUAUAUGGCUAGUCGCUAUGGUCCCACAUAUCCAAUGGUUCGAAAUUCGAAAGAGUCCAACUCCAGCGAAAGGUUGUUUAGAACAGGCGUAUCUGAAGGCUCAUCUGUAAACGAUGUUUCAGCAACCGAGUUAUAUCCUCGUUGAUUUUGUCAUCCUGAUUCCUGGCCGGAGGUUUGUGCUUUGCUUAGCACACAUAUUAUUAGUAUGCAUAUAAUUUUCUUCUGUUUUCUGUUUUAUCCGUGUGUAUGUGACUUAUGUUGUAAAUAGUAUUCCCUCCGUCCCGACUUUUGGUA